AUGGCGCUUCUUCAGACUUCACUGAUCUGGAUCGUUUAUGCCGUCGUGAUUGCUAUCCUGCUCGCGGUAGCGUCGGUAUUUAUCUACAUCUACCAAACUCCUCGGGACCGGUCGCCCUCUGUUACUUUGACUUGCAUCCUCGCGAUCACCAGUCUUCUGGCAACGGUGCUCCUGCUUCCAGUGGAUGUCGCCCUGGUGUCCUCGACCACCUCGUCAAAGCUGGGUCGUCGCAAAGACUGGGCCACCCAGGAUGCCGUUGACAGUAUCACUUAUUCGCUGACCAUUGUCUAUUACCUUCUGUACUCGCUGGAUGCGCUACUCUGUCUUCUUGUCAUUCCUUUCACCUACUUCUGGUACGAGGAAUACGACGAAGUCGCCGCGGAGGCGGGAGAGCAGACGCUCGGACAGCGGCUGUGGGGUGCUCUCAAGUACACUUUAUCUUUCGUCGCGAUCGUGGUGAUCAUAUUUCUCGUCGGGUUCUUUGCCCCUGUUGCCAAGGAUAAGGGCGAUUUGGACCUGGACUACUUCAAGCGAUUGCUGACUGAAAACCAUGGAGAACGCGCAUUGACGUUUGCGCUCGGACUGCUGAUGACCGUUGGCAUCUGCCUCUAUGUCUUAUAUACCUCUGCAGGCCUGGCUCUGUUCCCCAUAAGCCUGAUCAAGACCGCACCCUCCAUCUCCAGUCCCACGUUGCGGGCGACUACUGCGCAACAACUGGAAGCAAACCGAGAGCGGCAGCGGCAGCUCGAGGGUCGCUGUGGGGGCAACCCUGAACUCCUGUCAUCUAAGGAUCGCAGAGAGCUUGAUACUCUCACUCGAGAAGAGAGGACGCUAAUUCGGCGGCAACGCCUGGUUGAGGAAACACAAGGUGAAGGUCGGAGCUGGUUGAUGCGCGCAUGGUACAAGGUCGGAGCCAUCUUCCGCCCGUUCAAACUAAUUGGGGGAAUUUUACUGCUUUUGGUCGCGUUCGUGGUCUGGGUCUCGAUGCUCUUGACAUCUAUCGACAAAGCGAAAAACUCGAUCUGCAAGCACCGUUGUGGAUAUAUUCUUGGUCACAUCAAUGUCUUCAACCCUGUCAACUGGACUCUGGUCCAAUCCGCCAAAGUCUUCCCGGUGGACUACGCCAUCUUUACGGUUCUUGUGCUUCUCUUGUUUUGCAGCUCUGUUGUUGGUAUUGCUGUGGUCGGAAUUCGCUUCCUCUGGAUCAGAAUCUUCCAGAUCCGCCAAGGCCAUACUUCGCCUCAAGCCCUCCUUCUGGCAACUGCCCUGUUGAUGCUAAUGAUACUGGCACUGAACUAUUCCAUUUCUAUGGUGGUCGCUCCUCAGUAUGCCACCUUUGGCCCGCAGACAUUCUGCGAUCGCGCGCCGAGUCUGCCUCUGGGACAGCCGGAUUGCACCAACAGCAAAGACCUCAUCAAACCAUGUUCAGAGCUAGCAAAGAAUCCUGCAGCGCGCCAAGUGUGCACUCCCAGCGUUGUUAGCACUUUCCUGAACCGAAUAACCCUCAACUUCCCAUUCUUUGGUGUUGUCUUCUUCUGGGCCCAAUUUUUUUUCCUUGGUAUCUAUUUAAUCGUCUUUGUGACUUCCCUCUUCCGAGCACCCAAGCUGGACGAGAGGCAGCUCGAUGAAGACGCUGAGGAGGCGGAGGAGGAGGGUUUAUUGGCUAGCACUGGCAGGCGUUUCGGUGCGACUUGGCAAGAUAUCACCGGCAGGGCUGGUCAAACUGGACACUCUGGUGAUUGA